AUGAAAAAAGAAAGUGAGUUUAAUUUUGGGGAAGAACAAUUGUCUGCAUUUGAAAAACUAAAGACAUCUUUAGUCUCUUCUCCAGUAUUAUGUUUAUAUUCUCUAUCAUUAGAGACCGAAUUGCAUUGUGACGCUAGUCAACUGGGUUUUGGUUCUGUCAAACUUACCACCGAUUAUGAGACUAGAUACUAUACUUAUGAACUUGAGUGUUUAGCCAUAAUUUAUGAUUUAAAAAGAUUCCAUAUUUACUUACAGGGUAUUCCAUUUACCAUUGUUACAGAUUAUGAUAGUUUAAGAUUAACGUUAAACAAAAAAGAUAUUUGUCCUAGAAUAAUGCGUUGGGCAUUUCGACCUAUUAGGAUUAUCUCAGAUAGAGUUUGUGCUUUUACUUCAGCUUUAUUUAAAGAUUUUAUGAAUGAAAAUAACAUUCAACUUAUUCAUAUUGCUACGGGUACACCUAGGGCCAAUGGGCAAGCUAAGAGGGUGAACCGUACAAUUAUCCCUAUGAUAGCCAAACUAGCACCAACCAUAUCACAAUGGGAUAAAACCUUAAUUGACAUUGGAUAUGUAGUGAACAAUACUGUUAACCGUUCUACCAAUCAAGCACCUGCAAUGUUAUUAUACGGUGUUAAACAAUUAGGUAGACCUAAUGAUAAAAUUAAAAUGUACUUAGACUCUUGUAUACAAAGUAUUGAUAGGGAUUUAGUURAACUAAGACAAGAAGCUGCUAAUCAAAUAAAUAAAGUGCAAUUACAGAACAAAACUAAUUAUGAUACAAAACAUAAACAACCAACAAAUUACAUUGAAGGGGACUUACUAUUAAUAAGAAACUAUGAUGUAACUAUUGGGACUAAUAAACAACUAGUACCUAAAUUUAAAGGUCCUUAUUUAGUAAAAAAAAACCUUACCCAAUGA